AUGGGGCGAAUCAUCUUUCUGAGCUUCAGCUUGCUGGUCGUGGCCUUCUUCCUAAGUGGUGCCAAAGGGUGCUGUUGUCCCCAUGAUUGGCUUUCCAGGAAUGGGUUUUGCUACAAGAUCCACGAUCAACUGAAGACCUGGAAGGAUGCAGAGAUGUUCUGCAGGAAACACAAGCCAGGCUGCCACCUCGCCUCCAUCCACAAUAUGGCAGAGUCAGCUGACUUGGCCGAGUACAUCUCUGACUAUCUCACAAAGAAGGGGAAUGUCUGGAUUGGAUUAAACGAUGCACAGAAGAAACGUGUCUGGGAAUGGACAGACAGAACCUGCAUUGACUACUUAUCCUGGAAACCAGGAGAGCCAAACAACGAAUUGGAAAAAGAGUUCUGCGUUGAGCUCAGGGCCGACUUCGAUCAUAAGCAGUGGAACGAUGUAGACUGUGCAUCCUUGCGUGCUUUUAUCUGCCAGUGCAAAUACUAGUGCAAGCAGCUCCUUUGCCUGCUCCAGAGUGAGUGAAGCACUUGCUGAAGCCUGGAGAAUCAAGGAAGCCCCCCUGCAUGCCAAAAUCUCUGCUCUGCUGCACCCCUUCGCUUCAUGAAUGCUUUUUGUAACUUGCAUCUGACUUUGCUCAUUCUGGUGGGCCAGAAGAUCCAAUAAAUUCUGUCUUGGUA